AUGGGAAAGUUCUUUGACGACAUCAGCGAGAACCACGCCGAAUGGAUCAAGAAGCAAAAGCUGGUCUUUGUGUCGACGGCACCCUUGGACCCUAACGGCAAAGUCAACCUCUCGCCCAAGGGGUACGACUGCUUCCGUGUCAUCGGUCCCAACCAAGUCUGCUACCUCGAGAUGACAGAAAACGGCCGCGUAACAAUCAUGUUCUGCGCCUUCGAAGGGGGUCCUAAAAUACUCCGCCUCUUCGGCCACGGUACCGUCCUCCGCAUCGGUACCCCUGAAUAUAACCGCCUCUUCGCCACUCAAUACACCCCCGAGAACUGUGACAUCUACUCUGCAAAGGGGAUCCGAUCCAUUAUCCUCAUCGACGUGUACAAGGUCGGCAUCUCUUGUGGAUGGGGGGUUCCGUUUUUUGACUAUAAGGGCCCCAGGGAGACGUUGACACGGAUGUCGGCAAAGACGACGGAUGAGCAGUUUGCGGGGUUCUGGGUCAAGGGGAAUACCACUAGUUUGGAUGGGCUGCCUGGGAUGCGGCAUGAGAGAAUGGGAGAGAAGUGGGCGGUGUUGAGUGGUGAGGAUCGGAGGACGUUGGAGCGGUUCAAGAAGCUUGGUGGUGGUAGCGGUGGUGUGAGGUGGUGGGACGUGAAGUACCUGGCCGAGAAUAUGGCUAUAAUGGCGGUUGGUGCUGGGGUUGGGACGGUUGUCGGAGCCGCUGCUGCGGUUCUCUUCAUGAACAAGCGCGCUUAG